AUUUAGUUCUCAAAGGAGAUGGUGAUUAGAUUAAGAGACGGACCUCACGGAUACACCCAAGGGGUACGUACCUCCUUGUGCUUCCAAAUUUUCUACUCCACAUAUACAGCACACACGUACUGAUCCUGACGUUUAUACAAAACCUACCCAUCUUGCAUCAAUUGAUUGAUGAUGAGCAGACAGAUCUAGAUGCCAUCCUAACCCAUUCUUCAUCACCACAACCCCUUCCUCGCUCUAUAUAUGAACACAAGCUCCGGCCAUACAGUGUGGCGGUCUCUAAGUAGAUCAUCUUCGCUGUGACAGAGGACACAAAACCUGGAGGGUAGAGGGUGGUCGGGUUGGUGUUUCGAUUGUUCUCUUUCUUUUCUGGCCAUGGCAUGCAUUAAUCACCGAAGCCUCCGCGGAGUGCCGCCGGCUCCGCCGAUGAGCCCUCGCAUGUCGUUCUCGAGCGACUUUAACAUGGAGCCGCCACCGGCACGCACCCCCGGUCCUCCGCCCGACCCUGACUUUGAGUUCUCGGUCGGCAGCCGCCCGAUGAUCGCCGCCGACCAACUCUUCUUCAAGGGCCGGCUUCUUCCUCUUAAGGACGGCCACCAAGGCGGCGGUCAUCAUAGGAUCACGACCCUCCGCGAUGAGCUCCGCGCUAACGACGACGAGGAGCGGCCGCCCAAAGGAUCCGUCAGGUGGAAGGGACUUCUUGGGCUGAGAAGGCCGGCGCCGAAGAAGGGCGAUAAGAAAGAAGACGAGUUUCUCGGAGCUAUGAAUCUAAUCUCCGGUCAGGGAGGAGAUACAGUAAAUACAGUGGCCUCUUCUUCAUCUAAUUAGUUCCGUGAUGUUGUUGUUCACUCGUGUGAAAAGUUUGCCUGUAUUACUGCGUUCGUAGGGAGGAGUUUGAAGAAACUUCGAGUUGUUUUCGUGGGAUUGGUUACUGACAUUAACUCUCUGGAAAGAAA